CCUACAUUUCCUUGGCCAAAUCAAAAGCGAGCUCCCGGGGGAAGAGGAUUAAUGGAGGCGUCUGCGAGACGGAAACGUGAACAGGCUUAAAGUAUGGCAUGUGGCAAAGAUGGUUUCUGCCAAGAAGGAGCCAGGAACGACCAUGUCCUCCGGGGUCAGUUUUACCCUCUUGCACUUGCUGUGCCUGGCGGCUUGUUUAAACGAACCCCCAGGAGAUCUCAAAAAGGAGGAGAAAUUGCGUCCAGAGAAUUUCACCCGCAUCCUGGACAGUUUACUCGAUGGUUAUGACAACAGACUGCGUCCUGGAUUUGGGGGUCCUGUUACAGAAGUGAAAACUGACAUAUAUGUCACCAGCUUUGGGCCUGUUUCUGAUGUGGAAAUGGAAUACACAAUGGAUGUCUUCUUCCGGCAAACAUGGAUUGACAAAAGAUUAAAGUAUGAUGGCCCCAUCGAAAUUUUAAGACUGAACAAUAUGAUGGUAACUAAAGUAUGGACACCUGAUACUUUCUUCAGGAAUGGGAAAAAAUCUGUCUCCCAUAACAUGACAGCACCAAACAAGCUCUUUAGAAUUAUGAGAAAUGGCACCAUUUUAUAUACAAUGAGGCUUACCAUAAGUGCAGAGUGCCCCAUGAGAUUAGUGGAUUUCCCCAUGGAUGGUCAUGCAUGUCCCUUGAAAUUUGGGAGUUAUGCUUACCCAAAGAGCGAGAUGAUCUAUACCUGGACAAAAGGUCCUGAGAAGUCUGUGGAAGUUCCAAAAGAGUCUUCCAGCUUAGUUCAAUAUGACCUUGUUGGGCAGACAGUGUCCAGUGAAACCAUCAAGUCUAUUACAGGUGAAUACAUUGUUAUGACAGUUUACUUCCAUCUCAGAAGGAAAAUGGGUUAUUUCAUGAUUCAGACUUAUAUUCCAUGCAUCAUGACUGUGAUUCUUUCUCAAGUUUCCUUCUGGAUAAAUAAAGAAUCUGUUCCAGCUAGAACUGUGUUUGGAAUAACUACUGUUCUGACAAUGACAACUCUGAGCAUCAGUGCCAGGCAUUCCUUGCCCAAAGUGUCCUAUGCUACUGCCAUGGAUUGGUUCAUAGCUGUGUGCUUUGCCUUUGUGUUCUCUGCCCUCAUUGAGUUUGCUGCGGUUAACUAUUUUACGAAUGUCCAAAUGGAAAAAGCCAAAAAGAAGCCAUCAAAACCCCAGCAAGAACUUUCUGCCCCUUCGGUUCAGAGAGAAAAGUGUUCCGAUGAACCACUUCAGAAUACAGAUGCCAAUUCAAAUGUGAGAAAAAGAACCAAUGUACCAGCUCCAUCUGAUACUGAUGUUGGCAACAGAGCGGAGACUGGAAGCGUGUCAAUGGGAACUUCUGCAGAAGCUCAGGGGCCUUCUGGCACCACACCACAAUCCUAUCUGGCUUCCAGUCCCAACCCAUUCAGUCGGGCAAAUGCAGCUGAGACGAUCUCUGCUGCUCGAGCCCCUCCUCCAGCUCCUCCAUCCACUCCCACGUUAACUGGAUAUGUGUCCCAGCUGGUCUCCACCGUCUCUCCAGCUAAGCGUCCCGCAUUUGGAUCAAGACUGAAACAGGUCCAAACCAAGGUCAAUACUUUUGGAUCUUCUGCAAAACCGCCGGCGGCUGUCUCACCUUCCCCGGCUCCACCACCUUCAGGCUCUGGCACGAGUAAAAUAGACAAAUAUGCCCGUAUUCUCUUCCCUGUCACAUUUGGAGCAUUCAACAUGGUCUACUGGGUGGUCUACUUAUCUAAGGACCCUAUGAAGAAAUCUGAAAGUCUAAUGUAGUGUUUUUGUUUUCUUUUUUUGCUGCUAUGUAGUAGUUUCCUUAACAAUAAUGCACUUAGUGCAGGGUACCUUUUAAACUUUUUUAAAAAAGCAAAAACCAUUCCUUUCUCUUGAAAUGAAAGCUUUGUAUAUGUUCUUUAAUGCUAUAUAUGUAAUAUAUUUAUGCAUACAUCAUAUAUAUAUAUGCCAGUUACUGAGAGAAUUAAGUCCUCAGUCAAAAGAAAAUGAUUUCUUCCCCUUUCCCAAAUGGCAAUGUAGAAGAAAUGUAUGUUAAAUUUAGAAGAAAAUCAAAGCUUAAUUGUUCAAAAGCCCCCUUGGGAAGUUUCAACAAGGGGCACUGGGCUGUUGUUCACCGAAAUCUGAAAAUGGGCAUUGGCGUUUUAGAAAUAUUCAGUGUUUCUGGUGGUAUUCCCCUUAACCAGAUGCAUAUAUGUGAAAUCACAUGCAGUGACCUUUCAGAAACUUCUUAGUGCCUGUGAGAAAAGGAUUUCUCCUGUUAGACCCAUGUAGGGAAAAACAUAUAAUAUAUAGUGACUAGCUGUCAAAAAAAUUCCCUGAUGCACCAAUGAAGCAGUGCACAUGGGGGAAAAACAACAAGUUUACUCCUCAUUGGAGCGACCAAGAUGUGAUUGCACCACCUGGGAAAUUCUUUCUUUGGUGCUCCAGUGAAUCUGUGAUCUCACUAAUGUGGGUAUUCCUUCCACUGAGGUAGAUCCCAGCCCCUUCAUACCUGCCAUGAAUAAAAAUACAGCACAUUUGUCAGGAAAAGUAUUUCUUCUGAAAAGAGCACACCUUUAAACUCAUCCAGGCAAUGAAUGUAUUGCCCUAUCACCAUCUUAUGACAAUUAGUGUGAAGAAUUGCUUUCUGAGCAGAGAAAUACUUGAAUUUAUCAAAUGAAGUGAAUGUCCUAACUACGGCAAGACUUGAGCAUCUGGUUUCCCCAGUGUUGAAUUCUCAGGAAGUGAUCAAGUCUAUCUCUUUUUAAUCAGCGUGGGCAAGGGCCAGGAGGAAAAUUCUUUCCACCAAUGUAGAUCUACAAAUAGGUCUGAUAUAGUUUCAUAGAGAGAAGCAAAUAGAGAAUGAACUUGACUUUCCUAGGGUCACACAGCUAGGAUAUGUCAGAAACAGAACUUAGAUGCUGAUUUUCCUGAUUCCAAGGGUUCCAUUGAUUUUAGAGUGUGUACCUAUAGAGGUGGUAAGAUGUACAAAUAUAUGAAUAUCUGUUGUAGUUGGAACCUAAAAAUAGCAAAACAUGGAAAGACAGAUUGCCCUGGGUUGCACUGUUGGUAUAAAUUUAUCACAUUCAGCAAUGAUAGUGAAUGUCAAAUCUGGACACUCUGGCCCUUGACAAAUCAUACACACUCAGACAUGGACUCAGUCAACUAAUUUUUCUUUGCACCCAAGGCCUUAUAGAAGGUGAUUGAAUUUUAUGAGGAGUGAGCUAAUAGAAAGAAAUGGCUGAAAUAGGUACAAGUCACCCAUUUCAUGGUCUUCUCUUGGGUCUAUUUCACUAUGUGGAUUGGCAAGAGGCUGUAUUAUUGGAGAGAUUAGAUAAUUUUGAUGAAGUCUUUGAAUUUAAAAUAAUUCCAAAGGAAUGUGGGUGAAAUGAUAAUUCAAAGGCAUUGGGCAGGGUUUAAUUUACAUAUUUAGGAAGUUUAAAGACUUUUUAGCAGAGAAACCUUUUUUUCUUUUCCAGAUGGUAGCCUUGACAAUUUAAUUGAAUGUCUCCUAUGUAGUCAUGGGGCUCAGAGCGUCUAUGUCUGGCUUGGUAUGUUUUCACUUCUCUCCUGUUCUCUCCUGAAAAUCACUCACAGGCAUAGGAGCAGAGUUUUCCUCACAGUAUUUAGUAUGUUCUGCUCAUAGGAUCCUCCACAAAAAUGAGAUGGAUAAUUUCUUGGCAUAAAACUGCUAUUGAAUUUUCAGUCUUAACUUAUCUCUUGUGUUUCAAGAAGAUCUUGAUAUUGGCCAUUACUGAAAAGGAUAUAUAUGGAACUUCUACUUUUUGAUGUUAUCAAAAUGAAUAUAUUCUAGAGCAUUUUUCUACAUCAUAUAAGCUAUACAAAUAUACACAUACGUAUAUCUACACAAUACAUAUAUUCAACUAGAGAAAUGUGAAUAAUCUAUAGGUUUCUCUCAGCAUCCGCAAGAACAUAUAAUAAAUACUGAAAUAUUAUCUUCUUGAAUUAUCAUGUUGUUCAUCUUUUUAUAAAGGGACAAAACUCCUGGAUCUGGAGAUUUGAAAACUUGAGUUCAAAUCUAGCUUCAGACACUUACUUACUGGCUGUGUGAUUGUGAGCAAGUCACUCAAAUUCUGUUUGCCUCAGCAAAAUAAAUGCACAAAUACGAGAUAUUUCUGGUGGUGAAAAAAAUGCUUAACUUCAUAAUUGCAAAGAGAUAACUUUUUGGGGUUUAAUUAUGAAAAAAAAUAAGGAGAGACCCAACAUGAUUCAAUGGAAAAAUCGAUGGAGUAAAAGGGGGACAAUACCACUUGAUGUACCUAACAAGCUUUCAAGGCUAUUGUCAAGACAAUGUUUUGCAAACCUUGAAGUGAUAUAAAAAUAGGAGUUAUUAUUAACUUUUUAGUAAAGAAUGGAUUCUCCUUGUUUACUUUCAAGCCUUUCUUCCUAUGAUGUCAUCUCACCAUUUUUUCCCUAUCUUUCACUUACAAUCUUGGGCAGAUUUUAGGUUACCUAAAAAGCCAGAAUUGAUAUAAAUGGAUCCAGUUGAAUUCAUAUUGUAUCCUGUACAAAACCAUAAUUCUUGUUUUAACAUAACCAAAUCAAAGAUCAUACAUGGAUUGGAAUCAUAAGACUACUAAGAUAAUUAAGGAAUCUUUAUGGGACCAUUGUGGAGGGAGGUGAACAAUUCCAAUUUAACAAACCUAUGAAGAGGUGGCACACUAUAUUAUAUAGGUUGAAUUGGGAUUUAAAUUUCUGAGUCUCAGACACAUGUAUCCUGCUUUUGAUAUGGACUAAUUACAAAGCUAUGGAAGUCAUUUAAUAUUGUCCCAGAAAAUGCUCUGAGAAUAUAACUUCCUGAGACCUUGUUUUUCUUAUUGGUGAUAAGCUUUUCCCCAAUGGGAAUUUCCUAUACUUAUCCAAUGAAAUUAUGAUUACAGAUGUCUUCUCUGUCCACCCCCCUCAAAAUGUACUUAUAUGUUGUAUAUAUACAAUUGGGAGUUAUUUUUUAAUUUUGGACUAUAAUCAGAAUCACUAGGAGUCAACAGAUCUGAGAUUUAGUUCCAGCUCUGCUACUAAUAUAUCUGACAUUUAUGUAAUACUUGGAAAUUUAUAAGGUGCUUUGCAUGAUACUAUUUCACUUUACCCUCCUUGCAACCUUAUUAAGUAGACAUUGCAUAUAUUAUUAUAUCUGUUUUUAUUAAUGAAGGAAUAAAGCAGUCAGACAGGUGAGGAAAGUUGUAUUCCACAGAGGUGGGCAUGAAGUUCUGAUUCUCCAGAAACCAUUAGCUGGUAGGGAAGUAGAAUCUUGAGUCCUGUGGACUCAAUUGUCCAAGAUCCCAGAGGUAAGCACUAUUAUCCCAAUUUAUGGUAAUCUAAGGCAAACAGAAAUUAAAUGAUUUGCUCAGGAUCACACAGGUAUGUCUAAGGCUGGACUUGAACUCAGGCCCUCAAGUGCCCUCAUUUAGCAUCUAUUCUCUAUGUUACCUACUUAGUCAUCAGGAUGGUACCUUGGGGAGAGUGCUGGAUUUAGAAUCAGUUUGGAGUUCUAAUCCUGACCUUUUGGAUUAGCUAUGUAACUUUGUACAAGUCACUUAAUUUAAUUAAGGGGCUAAUUUAGGAUUAGUCCUUUACCAAGUCACUUAGGCUUAGUUUCCUAAUUUUUAAAGGGAGGAUGUUACAAGAAAAGUCAUCUAAAAAGUUGUCUUUAUUUCUAUUGUGUUAUAAUUUGAUACAAUGAUAAAUUUGCAAACUAAUGAAGUAAUGAUUAAACCUCUGCAUUUUAUAGUGUUUAAAGUUAGCAAAAUAUUUCCUACAUCUGAUUUCACUUGAUCCUCCUCAUUUCUCUGGAGAUCUCAAAAUUCUCAUUUUACAAAUGAAUAAAAUAAUAUUCUCGUUAAGAUUGUGUAACAUAAGAUAUAUAAAGUAAUGAAAAGUUGAGAUGUUCAUCUUAUUUGAGAAAUAGGGCUGAAAGAGAAUUUACAAAGUCUUUGCCAUUAGUCGAGAGGACGUUGCCAUCAGCAGCUUUCAAAGUUAACAAGGCUCGCCAAAGUUCUGACUGGCUUGUCUUUAUCAUCCUGUGUUCUCCCCCAGUGAGUGGCCAAGUGCAUUUCUUGCACUGUAUUACCCGACCCCCUCCAUGAAAAUAGCAAAAAACACCCAGACUAAGAAUCAUAAAACAGCUUCUAGUUCCAUUUUGCCACUUAAUAGCUUUGUGAUUUUGAGCCAUCACUUCUUUGGCCAUUAGGUUUUUUUUUUUUUUUUUUUUUCAUCCAUAAAAUGAGAGCUUUCCAUUUUGCUUUUCCAAUUAAGUAGCAACAAAUCUUUUCCCUCUAGCUUUCAUUAACAAGGGGGAAGAAUAUCUUCAAAGGCUCCUUUUCUAGCCAUCCUCUAGAAGCAGAAAAGCUAUAAAGAGAGAAAAUGAUAGAAAAGAAGAGGGAAAGAACCACAAAGAAAAUAUAGGCAAUAAUUACAAAGAACUAAUUUCUAUUAGGCUGGAAUGAACUAAGGAGCCAUUAAAAAAUCAGGUGGAGUUUAAAUUGAAUAGGCAUGUAAUGAAAAUUCUGCAUUAAAACUCUAGGCAAAGCUUUUUCCAAAAUCUGUUAGUGGAUCAGGGUUCCGAGUGCAUCUGAUCCAGGCACAUACUUGUAGUCAGACACGUUAAUCUAAUGUUAGAGUCAGUCAGACCUUGGGAUCACAUUCUGCUUGUGACAUUUAGGAUCAUAAAAUCAUAAAUUUAGAGCUAAGAGGUAUCGUUGAAAGGGAAACCAAUAAAGAAGUGUUAAGGGAUUUUCCAAAGGUCAAAUGAGAAGUUAGUAAUAGAGAUGGAAUCUAUCAAUAACCCCAAACCCAGCAACAGCACCUGGCACAGAGUAGGCACUUCAUAAAUGCCAGUUUACUGACAACCCGACUUUCCAUUGUGUCAUAAUGCCCCUUGCUAGCACUUACAUCUCUUUAAGCCUCAGUUUCCCUGCCUGACAGAAUAAGAUCAACUUUCUUCCUGUAUUCUUGUUGGGAAUCAGAUGACAUAACAUAUAGAAAGUUCUGUUGAUAAAUCUUAAGGUUUUAUAUAAAUCAUAAUUAUUCCUAAAUGUGACAUUUCAGUGAUUAGGGGGCUACCUUGCUACAUUAAACUAGCUGUAAUUUCAUCAUUGUGGACACGCCCUCCAUUUUUUCCCUGGUCCUAUGUGACUCUUUUUGUUGUUGCUCAUUCUUAUUGUCUUUUAAUGAAAAUUCUCCAUAACAGAUCUAUCAAGUGUAUUGGAGGCCUUCUCUUAAUUAUUCUAUUUCUUGAGAGUGCCGUUAGAAGACUUGAUUUAAACAGAUUCUGAUUCUUAGUUGGUGAGUGACCCAUUUCAUUUUCUAGCUAUCUCCUUGAUGAUAUCACUAACAUUCAACAAUCCUUUAUAAUUGAAAAAAAACCCCUCCAUAUACUUUCUUUAAUUUGAUUAUCACAACAGUCUUCUGGAGGUUGGUAAUAACUGACUUUUCAUUAGCACUUUAAGGCUUACAAAGCACUUUCCUUAUAACAAACCAAUAAAGCAGAAAAUAUAAGGACUAUUUUACUGAUGAGGACACUAAGGUUUGGGGAAGUUAAAUGUCUCACUCCAGGUCACACAGAUAGCAAAGAUGAAAAACCAGAGCAGAGUGUGAGUAUGGUCAGGAAGGAAGGAAGCUCCUUUAUUUUUUACCUUAUUCUCCUAGGAUUCACCAUUUCUACAUUCUUCCUCUCUGCUCAAUCUCUGCAGCUUUUUCCUUUCAUUAUUUCCUUGAAAGCACCUUUCCUUCUUUUUCUCUCGUUUGUAGAUUUCUUUUGUCCCCUAUUUAUAUUCUCAGGUCCUUCAAUUUACUAGCAUUCUAAUGAGGGCAAAUACCUUUAAUUAUAAGGAAAAAAAAUUUAAAGCUGAAGUUUCAAUAAUAAUCAGCCAUUCAGGAAACUAAAAUAGUUUGAAAUAUAAUAAUAAGGGCAGCUCAGUGAUGAAUACAUAUGCACAUACUUUUCAUGACUCUGUUCAUCACUGAUUAUUCUAGUUACAGCUGAAUUGAGGACCCUGAAGUCCUUGAGAGAAAGGCAAAUUGAGAGCAAAAAUUUAUACAUUUUUGAUAGAAGUGACAGGUGAAAAGGAAGUUGUAACAUUAGAAUCUGAAUUUCAAAAUGGAGAAAUAAAAUGAUGUAAAAGGAAUACAUUCAUAAAUUCAAGUGCCUCCCCUUUAAAUAUAUUCCCUGACUGGAAAGAAUCCAUUAUGUGGUUCUUUUUUCAAAUUUUUUGCCAUUGCUCAUAACACUGCUGACAUGGUCAUUCUUGAUUAAGGGGAAAGUCAGGAUUAAUAAAUUAUACAAUACAGUCAACUCUGCAUUCAUAAACAGCCUGCAACUCUCCAGAUUAUACUUAAUGCAGUAUUUUUCUAAUUUUCAGUGAAGGACAUUUGCUGUCACUUCUUUGCAUCUAAUAGAUGGUAUAAGCAAGAAAGCAUAUUGGAAGGAAGCCCCAAAGUGUAGAUAAACUUUUUUUAUUUGUAAAAAAAGACACAUAGCAGAUAUUUAGGGAAAACGUACAUGAACAAAACAUCAUAUUAGGUUGUGAGACAAUUUAGUGUUAGAACUAGAGGGCUAGAGGUAGAAUCAGAAAGACCUGGAUUCAAAUGCUGCCUCCAUCAUUUAUUGGGUGAGAGACUUUAUUCACAUCAUUUAACUUCUCUAUGUCUAUUUCUUCAUCUAUAAAAUGAAUAGGGGGGACUUGGUGUUUUCACCAACUUUAUAACUUUAUAAAUCCAAAGAUAUAAAGAGAUGGGAUGGCUGUCUUAAUAUUCUUUUUCUCUUAAGCUUUUUUCUUUUAAAAAUCAUUUCCCUUUGUAUUUUAGCCAUUCUUCACAGAUCAUUUCUUCUCAGUAAAAUCCAUUAGUCAAAAAAUCUCCCUUGGCUAUUCUUCCAUAAAUUUUAGGGAUUAAUGGAUCAUAAGUACUUUAUAAUCCAGUAGCCACAAAAUCUAAUGUGACUUUAGGUAACAAUCAAUGAUGGUGUCCAAAUCAUUCUACUUUGGUCCAUUUAGAUCAAUCUGAUGUAUUCUGUUCAGCUUUGGUUACCGUAUUUAAGAAUACCCGGUGAACCUUGAGAAAACUCACAACUUCCUGGGACCUCUAUUUAUUCAUUUGUAUACUGAGAGAAUUGUAGUAAAUAUUCCUCCAAGUUCUUCCCAGCUCAAAAUGGAUAAUGUUGAAAUGGAAAAGGAUGAAAAUAAUGGUUAUGAUGAAAAAAUAAAGGAUAUUAACAAUAAAGGUUAUUAACCUUAAAGGUGAGGGGAUGAGGGCAGGUUAAGGAUACUCCAAAUCAUGUUAAAUAAGAAACAUUUGAGCUUAUGAAGAAUAAUCAUGGGAAAAUAAACAAACAAAAAAGGUCUGACUUGAUUUACCUGAUCUUACUAGACAGAAUUUGACUAACUGUAAAUCUCUAGAGCAUUGGAGAUUUUAAUGAUUAGAGCUGUCAAAUGGAAGAUCAUAUCCUAUAUGAUUUUGAGUUUCCUAACACUGGAGAUAUUCCAAUAUGAAUCAGAUGGCUACAUAUGCCACUGAAGAUGUUGUAAAGGGCAUUUUUAUAUCAUGUUGAGGAUUGGAUUUCACAAUGUUCCUUUCAACUGCAAAACCCUAUGAUUCUAUGACUUUGAGAUUCUACACUACCUUUAGAUAUUUAUAUAGGAUUUCUAUUGCCAUGUGCUGAGAAUGAGAUGGAGAAGUACACGGAGCACAGUAGACUAAAUGGAGCACAGGUGGCAAAUAGCAUGACUACAUUUAAAUAUACACAUAUACGUGCUAUAUAAAUAUGUACAUAUAUAUGAGUGUGUGUGUAUGUAUACACAUAUAUACACAUAUACCCAUGCAUAAAAUACUUUUUUUCAGAAGCAACUGGGCCACAUGUAAAUGCAUAUAUUUGAGUAACAUUGUUUUUUGUACUUUGUUUCAAACUUCUCCAUUUGGGAGUAAUGCUCUAUGGCUAUUUUUAUGAGAAUUUGAUGAUCUUGGAAAUCUACUUCAGGUGGGUUUCACCAUAGAUAUGAUUCAAAUCCUAGCAUAUGAGUCAUACAUAGAACCCAUAACAUUUAAUUAUUUGUUUUCAUCUUCAAAAGACUUUUAUCGGAGGAAUACUUCUUUCACUGAUGCAGAUUGCAACCCUUCCAUAAUGUAAUAGCUAGUCUUAAUUGUUUUCAAGUUAACUUAAGGAACAACCUUCUGAUCAUGAACUCCUGUGAACUUAGAUGGGUCAGUCCUCAGAUGGCAGAAAUAUGCCAGCACUUGAUUUUUACUGAAAGAGUUUUUAAGCACCUGGGAUAAUCACCUCACCAUGAGGAAGCAUCAAAAUAGGAUGUGCUUGGUAAACAUUUCAUUGAAGUUCAGCAGGUCCAAGAAAGAAGUUUAAGGUCCCAUUGAUCUAUCUGUAAUAAGGAUAGUUUUUGACAUGUUAUUCAGUGUGAACAUUCCAGGAAUUCGCAAUGCUUACCUUCACCUGCAUGAAAUCCAAAGUGUUUCCUAAUUUGUGGUAUUAAAAUGAACUUCAACACCCUUCAGAUUAAUCUUCAAUCUUUCUUUGUAAAUCACAAGCUUGAAAAGCUUUUGUUAUGUUAUUAAUCUUCUCAUCAUCAAAGUCAAAAUGAAUAAUGUAUUUUUGUGGCAGAGAUGCAUUUGGUAUAGCCUGUGCUUCAUUGUUUUUGUUCACUUAGAUGAGAGGUAUAUCCUUUGGGUAUAUGAUGUUUAAAACAUAAGUACAUUGGUAUCUGGAACUCUAUAGGGAGUUCAGUAUUGCCACAAAAUAAUUAAGCAUUUCUGUACCCUGGCAUGUUGCAUGGAGAGUGCAUAGUAAAGGGAUUUUAAUUUGAAAAAUAAUAUUCCAGACAAGUGGUCAUUCAACCUCUGCUUGCAGGCCUUCAGUGGCAGAGAAAUUAGUACUCUAAAAUAGUUCAUUCAAUUUUAGUCAUAUGUAAUUAUUAGAAAAUGUUUCUUUAUGUUCACUUAAAAUCCACUUCUCUACUUUCCACUCAUUAUUCUCACUUCUGCCCUUUGGAGUCAAGUAAAAUAGAUUUAAUCUUUCUUCCACCAGACAUUGAUUUCACUCUUGAAACUCUAUCCUUGUCAUCAUUAAUCUCAGCUUUUAUUUAUAUCCAACUCCCUCCAAGUUCUCUGCAGCCUCAAAUCUUAUGUUUGUCCAUGUUGGCCUAUUAAAAGAAUGAAUGGCCAUUGGUAGAUGUGUGUGUCCCAAAUUGGAAGUUAAGAAGAUAUGGCCAAUUAGAGCCAAAGGUCCACUAGAUCUGGGGUCUCAUAGAGUGAGAUUCGGGUCACUCAGUAUCAGAAUCAGAUAGCAUCUAUCAAGUUUGCUUUAUAUUUUCUAAUUUGACAACCAAAAUCCAAGGGAAUAAGUCUGGGAUGAGCGUAGAGAUUCAAUGUAAAACUGAAUUGCUAUAACCAAAGAUGAAAAUGUCCUUCUGAAAGCUCUGAUAACAAAAAGGGGCUGAAAAGUGAAAAAGGGGGCAUAUUUAAUAGCCCAUCUAGAAAUUCAUUAUUUCUUUGAAGAGACGAAGCACACUGUGAUCUGUGACAGUAGGGGAGGCUUCUGUUACAUUUAGAAACAUAAAAUAAAACAUCUUAAAUGUAUAUUUAUCUCUGAUGGCUAAAACAGCUAACUUUUCCAUUGGCAUGUGAAGUGAUUAAAAUAUGACCUUUUUCUCUAAAGAACUUAUAUCUGAAUAGAAUAGUGACCACAGAAAACUGACUAUAAAUUUCUCCUUUUAGAAAAUAAGCACACAUUUUUAUUAGCACAAUUUUAUAAUGUAUGAGAUGAUGCUUAUUCUUCAUGCUAUUGUAUAUGGAGUAUUAUUUGACUAAAUCUAUUUCACACCAUACGAAAUUGCUUGAUGAAGUAUAGCUUUAUGCUUUGACUUUAAAAAUCUAUAUUAUUCUUUGGAAUCUUUAAAAAUGUAAAGCCUGUUCCACUCUGUAAUGAACAAAGCAUUGAAGUUUGUUUUUUCAAACCAUCAGCAACCUCAGUGACAUCUUACUGGCUUUAGAGGGCAGAAAUUGGACCAAGGGGUGGCCAUUACAAAGUAAUAGUUUUUUUUUUUUUGAUUUAUCACAAAAUUUCCCCAAAUUAGGCAUAAGAAAGGAAAAUUUGUAUUAUUAGAAUGAUCAGAAGUCAAGGAGACUCAUAUUUGAAGGCGAUUGUUAGCUGGACUCAAGCUUUUGGGUGAAAAGUGGAUGAAAUGAUCUCUGAGGUCUUUUAAUUCUAAGAUUUUAUGAGUCUGCUUUUUACAGCUGUCUAGUUCUCCUUAAAUAGAAAAUCUACUAGAAACUUCCUCUCUCUUCAGUCCCUUCACUGUAGACUCUGACCUAAUAUAGUAAGGAAGAAAACUUACAGUUAAAAUAACAUCCUGUGCAUGAAUUCACUCAUAUACAUACAUGCAUACACAUACAGAAGUAUCAAAGAGAAAGAGAAAUAGAUUCAAAAGUCUGGUUAUUUUAGAAACUUAAACUUGUUUAGUUUCAUGCAAUUCAGAGCUAAAAGGAAUGUUUAUUUCAAUCCCUCGUUUUAAAUUUUAGACUCAGAAAGAUAAAUACAUUUGCCCAAAAUAUAGCAAAGGAGAGGAUGUAUUUGAACCCCGUCCCUCUGAUUCCAAAUUCAGAGCUCUCACUACUAUACCACAUUGCCUCUGUUGUUUGAACAUUUUUAUGGGAGAAAUUACAUAUAAUGAAUUUUCCACUGAUUAAAAUGAAGAAAAUCUGAAUGUUUAUGUUAACAGAUUUUGAAGUGGUUCAAUAAGCUGUGACCUUGUGGGGCUACUUACUUAACAUUUAAUUUUGCUGUAUCAUGAAUAUCUGCACAUUCUGAAAAGAAGCUUGUCUGAUAAGAAAGGUCAUAUAAAAUUGUGACUAUAACCAUCCAUUGUAGUUUACUGAUGUCAAUAAAUUUAUCCACUAACUGUU